CCGCAAGAAUCUCUCGUACCCUGUUUUUAUUACAAGGUCAACUUCUGGUCUCUCUCUCUCUCACUCUUAACUUCUAAAUCUUACUUAUAUUAACAAUAAUCUAAAUUAUUUAUCAGAUACUGAUUUCAAAUCUAAACCAAUAAAUAAAUUCAACAAACGUAACUCCAAAUUCAGGAAAAUAUUUUAAAACAUUUAAAACAUCGGUUUUAUGAUCACUCACCUCACAUAGAACCUUCUUCGUCUUCUUCACUAUAAAAUCUUUAACUGUUUCUCAAACUCAUCACUGAAAAAAAAGAAAGAAGCUCAAAUUUUUUACAAAUGGCGUCGAUCACUUGUUCAUCUGAUCAACGUCUUUCCACAAGCAAAAGACGUUUAAAGCCGUUGAUGCUAAGAGAUUACUUACUCGAUGAUCUCAGUUCUUGUUCAUCCAACGGCUUCAAAUCAUUCCCACGUCGUCAAACUCAUCCUUCUUCGUCACCAUCAUCCACCGUUCGUCGUCUCCUUGACGCUGAGAUCAAACGGUCAGGAUUGAUACACCCUCACAAACCGCGUCUCACCAGAAGACGCCGUACGACUUGCGGAACGUCGAUCAGUCACGCCGUUCAUAAAGCCUCGACCUCGUUUCUUAACGCCGUUAAACUCUUACCGUUCCCUUCUACUUCCACCGUUACGUCACGGAAGGGAGAUCAGAAACCAGGCGUUUUCUCUAGAAGCUUCUCUAAACGGCUUUUAAGCAGAAGCUUCUGGAGAAAAUCGACAAGUCGAUCUCGCCGUGAAGUAACCGUCGUUGACGGAGACGGAGAGAUUCAAUGGUGGAGAUCCGCCGCGUUUUUCUCGGACGAAGAGAGUUUAGAUAAACCGUCCGAUCUGAUUUCUCAAAUCUCCACCGUCGUCCCCGACGAAGCAACAUUCUCACUCUCUACGAAGAUCACCACCGUGGAAUUUAUCUCCGGUGAUUCGUCGAGUUCCGGUAGCGAGAUUUUUACGAACUCGUCGUCGUCGUCGUCGUCGGAGGAGGUUGUACAGUCUUCUUCUUCAUCGUUCUCAUCGACGUCGAGCGGUGAAUCUGAAGAAGUGUCGAACGAAACCGACGCCGUGGAUGACGGGAGUGAAAGCGGAGAGAGUUUAAACGCACAUGACUGUGACGGAUCAUCUGUCAACCGCAACAGCCUGUGUAACAGAAAGGAAUUUGUGAACGAAGAAAAGGAACAACUUAGUCCAGUGUCAAUCUUGGAGUGUCCUUUCGAAGAUGAUGAAGAAGACGAUGCAAUCACUGAUCUUAUUUCACACCAAAAUGAUACAUAUGAGAAAAUUGCAAGAAAAGGUAGGAGAUUAAAUGGUUCGGUACGAGUUGAGCCACUAGAACUGGAGAAACGUAUAGAGAAGUAUGAGGAAAGACAAGAAGAGUACUCAUAUUACACGCUAGAAAUAACUGAAGAGGACGAAUCAGAAAACCGAGCAAACCACUUGUUUGCUCUUGUGAAAUCAAGAAUCGGUGAGACAAACAACAUACUAGCUUCUAAAGUAGCGGACAAUCUACUGUUAGAUUAUCUUCAAGAAGAAAAUAUUGGUGCAAAAGAGGAGACAUUAAUGGUGAAGACCGUAGAAGAUUGGGUGAUGGAUAGGCAAGAAGAGAUCUUUAUGAGUUGGGAAGUGAGAGAGAAGAGAGAGGUUUACGUGAAAGAAAUGAAAUGGGGUUGCAUUAAUGGAGAUGAGAGAGAUAAUGUGGUUGAAGAUUUGGCUAAUGGUUUCUUCACUACCUUGGUGGAUGAAUUUAUCCUUGACUUAGCUUCGUGAUGAUAUUUCUAGUUUUUGUGGUCGAGAGUUAAGAUUUUGACAUUUUUUUAAAGUAUUACUCAUUAUAUUAGAUUUCACAAUGUAAUAGACUGUUAUCUC